UCGACUCGACCGCAAUGGACACCUUGCUGGCUGGCUGGACGCAAUCCGGGGACUUCCUGCAGGACAAGUGGACCUCUCUGCUGGACACCGUGGGCGAGGAUGCGUGGCGCCUGUGGGUGGUGGGCAGCACGCUGGUCAUCUUCUCCGUCUACUGGCUCUACGCGGGCCUCUUCACGCUGAUGGACAUCACGAAUCGUCCGCGCUUCCUGCGCAAAUACAAGAUCCAGCCGGGCCAAAAUGAGCCAGUGGAUCUGGCCAAGCUCUGGAGCGCCGUCAAGAUCGUCCUGCUCAAUCUGACGGUGGUCAACUUCCUGGCCUGCUGGGCGGUAUACGAGCUGGUCUACAAGACGGAGAACAGCCAGGACAUCCGGGAGCUGCCCACCUUCAGGAGAUCGCUGCGCGACCUGGCCGUCUUUGUGGUUCUGGAGGAGAUCAUGUUCUACUACGCCCACCGGCUGCUCCACCACCGCUCGGUGUACAAGUAUGUCCACAAGAAGCACCACGAGUGGACGGCCCCCAUCGCCGCCAUCACGCUUUAUGCUCAUCCCGUGGAGCAUGUGGUGGCCAAUCUGCUGCCGGUGGCCACCUCCAUCGCCCUCCUGGGCACCCACGUGGCCCUGGCCUACGUGAUCUUCGCCCUGGCCAUCGUCAACUCGAUGAGCGACCACACGGGCUACAGCUUCCCCUGGUCGGCGGGAUCGGUGCGGUUCCACGACUACCACCAUGCCAAGUUCAACUACAAUUACGGAGUGCUCGGCCUGCUGGACAAGCUGCAUGGCACAUAUCGCACUCCUGCGGACCAGAAGAAGGCUCCUGUGUCCAGGAUAAAGAAGUCCAAGAAGAAGUCUAGUUAGUCCCAGUCUCCCGUUUAUUUGUUUUUUAUGUUUAGCAGCACAU